UCGCCUUCAGAUGUAGGCACACCCUGGACUGGGAUAGCUUGGCUUUGAGCCUUCGCCAUGAAACAGUUUUGCAUUUCAUCUAGAUAUCCAAGCUCCCGAUUCUAUCUAUGCACAGAGCAGAAGAGUUUAAGAAGCAACUCUGACUUUCACCAGCUAAAAAACGAACAAACAAAAUCUUCUCUGAGGUCUGGAAGCGUGAGAAAUGGAAUCUGAUGCUUAUCUAGAAAUUAAGCCAUACCACGCAUCUUUGGGAAGGUGAGAGGAGUUAUUUUCUUUAUGCCGCUCUUAUAAUUUUUUGGCAUUUAGCUCUUUCUUUCUUUCUUUCUUUCUUUCUUUCUUUCUUUCCUGUGCCUUUUAGUUGUUUCAGUUAUCUUGUAAACAGCCCAGGAAAUAUGAUCAAAGGGCUGUAUUAAAAACAAAUAGUUACAACAAAUAAUACUUUUGGCACAGUGGAUGCCUUUUUGGAAGAGAAAUACUCCAACAGAGAAUGCCUAUGUGGAGGAACCCACAUAGAAGUACAGGAUUUGCCGUUCAUGUUUAUACAUAUAACUUUUGCAUUAUUUUUUCCUUUAUUGUACUAUUUUUUUCCAGCUUAAGAAAACAUUGAAAUUCAUUUUAUUUUUUGUACUUACUAAUUUUCUACUUAUUUUUUUUUUAAAAAAACCACACACAGACACAAAACCCUGCUUUGUUGGCAUCUGUUAUUAUUAUUGCAUCUCACGCAGUAGCCCAUAUUCUCCUUGCUUAUCCCUGGACCUCUCCCCUUCCUCUGUAGUUUCUCUGUGUCAAAAUUAUGACUGUAAACCCUUUGGGGCAGGGACCAUUUAAGAACCUAUUGAUGGCACCUUAUAAAUACAUACAUGCAUACAUAAAAUACAGUGGUACCUCCGGUUAAGUACUUAAUUUGUUCCGGAGGUCCGUACUUAACCUGAAACUGUUCUUAACCUGAAGCACCACUUUAGCUAAUGGGACCUCCUGCUGCUGCCGUGCCGCCAGAGCACAGUUUCUGUUCUCAUCCUGAAGCAAAGUUCUUAACCUGAGGUAAUAUUUCUGGGUUAGUGGAGUCUGUAACCUGAAGCAUAUGUAACCUGAAGCGUAUGUAAGCCGAGGUACCACUGUACUGCCCCCCUUGUUUUCAUUACGUAUCAACCAAAGGUGGAGUUUGGUCUUUCAGUGGCGCCCAGUGUGAGUCCAAAAUUUGCCCUUCCCUCCUCUUCUCGCCUCCCAUUCUGUACAUGCACUGCACCAUACUGCGGCAAAUCAGGAUGAAUGGUCAAUAGGUUGUCUACAGGCCAUUUUUCCAGCAGGAACUUGCAGAACUCAGCUCCGGCACGUCUCAGGUGGGCGCCAUUGCCAUCAUUAGAAAACAAUGGAGGUGUUCACGGUGAGCUCUGACACCUCUUUUCUCUAGAAAAAUAGCACUGGUUGUCUGGAAGUGCUCUCAUUCCACACAGUUCCCACAAAGAGCAAUUAAUGCACAAUUUUGGGGAACAACAGCUGCAAGGUGCCGUGUAGGGCAAGUGGUUAUUCAAGGCACUGACAAACAAAACACCUGCAAGCCGAGAAGAAGAAGAACAGGUGCAAAAUACCGCGCUUUGUUUGAUGGGCAACAGUGACGUCUCCGCAAACUUUGAGAGGAAAUCUGCAGACGGUGUGCAAUGAAGGGCAUGCGCUGCACAAUGCACAAGGUCAUAGUGACAGUGUGCAAGGUGGGGGCAGCAAGAAGCAGCUGGUCUUUGAGGCAUAUUGAUCCCAGGCUGUUUGAAGCUGGAGUUGAGGAUUAAAUGACUCUCUGGUGUUAUUUUCCACUCAGCUACCACCUUUGUGUUUAGCAAAGCAUAGUGCAGGUGGAGAACAUUUUUCAGGCUGAGGUCCAGGGUCCUUUGACUCAAGGACCGCAAUACCUCAAGGACCACCUCUUUCCGUAUGAACCCACCCGGACCCUGACAUCAUCUUCUGAGGCGCAUUAAAUGACAGUAUAGACGAGCUUUAUGUUUGCGCAUUAAAGUCGCAACAUGCGCAUAGGGAGGAGCAACAUACGCACAAAACCCAUUGAGAACACAGGCGUCGUGAUUGCCAAAGAGACAAGCUACUUCUCAAACUGAAACUUACUUCCAAAGGAAGCUUGCUAUCCACAUUAAACAACAGAAUGGGAUGUGCCUGUCUUGGAGUUCAAUGACAUAUUCCAGCAAGGCAAAAACAUUAAAGGAGGGAGCAAGAUAGGUGUGGGGGGGGGGUCAGGGGCGGUGGCUUGAAGAGGUUGGUGAGGGUGCUAGCCUGCUAGGAGUCCUAAGGGCCAAGUAGGGGAAGGAUCCUGGGAACUGUGGUUUUGCAAUUGUAGCAGAGUGCCCAGAGUCCCAUUGCACAAAAUUAUCAGUCCUAAUGCAAUGGCCAACAAAUCACCUUGCCAACAAAGGUCCGUAUAGUUAAAGCUAUGCUUUUCCCAGUAGUGAUGUAUGGAAGUGAGAGCUGGACCAUAAAGAAGGCUGAUCGCUGAAGAAUUGAUGCUUUUGAAUUCUGGUGCUGGAGGAGACUCUUGAGAAUCCCAUGGACUGCAAGAAGAUCAAACCAAUCCAUUCUUAAGGAAAUCAGCCCUGAGUGCUCACUGGAAGGACAGAUUGUGAAGCUGAGGCUCCAAUACUUUGGCCACCUCAUGAAAAGGGAAGACUCCCUGGAAAAGACCCUGAUGUUGGGAAAGAUUGAGGGCACAAGGAGAAGGGGACGACAGAGGACGAGAUGGUUGGACAGUGUUGUCGAAGCUACCAGCAUGAGUUUGACCAAACUGCGGGAGGCAGUGGGCCUGGCGUGCUCUGGUCCAUGGGGUCAUGAAGAGUCGGACACGACUAAACAACAAUGCAAUGGCUUAAAUCAGCUUUAAGUUUGUAGUGUUAACGAGGCCCUGGUUUUAUAGCCAUCUUCCAGGCAUGCAUCUUCUGAUUAGGCAAUGCUGCUGGCAUCGUAACUAUAGAUUGUUAAAGGGAUUUAUGGCAGUGUGGCCUGAUUCAAUAAUGACCAGAAAGGAAAUGGAUGCAGAUAUCACUUGGAAAGUGAGACAAAGCGAUCGGUUGUUGGUUGCCAAAUAUCAUGUUAAUCAAGUUAACCUUUCUACCUUUAUUUUCACCCUGUACUUAAGAAUUAUUUGAGAGGCAGACUGGUAUUACCGUCUUACAAUAUGGUUAAAGGUAAAGGGACCCCUGACAAUUAGGUCCAGUUGUGGCUGACUCUGGGGUUGCGGUGCUCAUCUCGCUUUGUUGGCCGAGGGAGCCGGUGUACAGCUUCCGGGUCAUGGGGCCAGCAUGACUAAGCCGCUUCUGGUGAACCAGAGCAGCACACGGAAACGCCGUUUACCUUCCUGCCGGAGCGGUAUCUAUUUAUCUACUUGCACUUUGAUGUGCUUUCAAACUGCUAGGUUGGCAGGAUACGAUAUGGUUACAGUAAGGCUUUUAAGCACAUUAAAGAAUGAACAAAAAUAAUGGAGAGAGGAGCGGAAAGAGAGAAAACAGGCAGGAGGAGCUGGAUUCCUGCAAGUGUUCUGCUGACAGAGUUCUUUUAGUAGCGCCUUCUGUUUCCUUCCUUGCUGCAUUGAAUUUGCAGAUCUAAAAGUCACAGCUCUAGCACUACCUCCUUGCAAUAACCAGACCUCUUCACACAUUACAUUUUUAGAGUGACACCAUGCGUUGCAAGCGUAUGACACAUAUAGUGCGAUUGCACCAAUUGCAUAUCUGUAAGCAUGUGUAUUGUACAGGGUGGGAUGACAUUUCCCCUCCAGGGUGUGGGACUGUGGGUGGGUGUCAGAGAAUUCACCCCACCCACCCACACAGCUGCUGAAAGAAAGUCUGCAGAGGACUGUGGUGUUGUGCAAUCUACCCACUCCCCAUACAAACACUGCUACUGUAUGCAGCAGUAGCAACCCCCCCACCCAAGGGUUGCCAAAGACCCUCUAUUGCCUAGGGCGGAGCAGCAAACCUGUGUGUCAACACACAGGAUGCAUAAUACUCAAGGCCAGUCAAGUUAUUUGGCACCCGACAAUCCCACAAGCACCUCUCCCCCUCUCAAUAAAGUAAAACAUUAAGUUAAAGAAACAACAAUGGGCUUACCUUUCAUGAUACCUCCGAUUUGCCGCCUGAGGCGCCCCGAUUGCUGUUUAGUGUUAGGGCCGGCCCUAUUCAGACACACUGCUGCCAGUGCUUUCAGCCAGCACGUGAGAGGACUCAACACACAUCCCAAAGUGCAUGUGAAGGAGCCCUUCACGUUUUGGGAACCCUAGUUGGGCCAGAAUCUUUGUGUGUUUGUGUGUGUGUGUGUGUGUGUGUCGGGACUCGCAGAGGGACCCUUCACAUAACCAGCCAAACACAGGUCAGGUUGGCAGGUGUAGACUGUGUGUUCACGUAGGCCCUUCGCAUGCUCUUGCGCUGUUUUGCAACAGGGUGGAGGUGUCAUUUGAACCUGAUGUGAGAUCCAGACAUGAGUUAUAUUGCAAGACCUUGAUCUCUGCUUCACAAAGUGCUGAAAGGGCUAUGAUACCAGUGCUUUCCCCCAAAGAAUUAUGGGAGCUGAGAGUUUGUUAAGGGGGCUGAGAGUUUGUUAAGGAAGCCCCUACACCCCUUGCAGGGCUACAGUUCUAAGGGUGGUAUAGCAGUACAGUGGUACCUCAGGUUACAUACGGUUCAGGUUACAUAUGCUUCAGGUUACAGACUCUGCUAACCCAGAAAUAGUGCUUCAGGUUAAGAACUUUGCUUCAGGAUGAGAACAGAAAUCGGGCUCCGGCAGCAUGGCAGCAGCAGGAGGCCCCAUUAGCUAAAGUGGUGCUUCGUGUUAAGAACAGUUUCCGGUUAAGUACGGACCUCCAGAACGAAUUAAGUACUUAACCUGAGGUACCACUGUAUAUCUAGGGCUAUUUUUCAGCUGGAACUCGAUGGCACUCAGUUAAGUCGCCUCACAGGUGGGCACCAUUGCCUUUACAUGAGAAGAAGGGAGGCAUUAAUAGUGAGUUCCGGCACCUCUUUUUCUAGAAAAAUAGCAAUGAGUAUAUCCCUCUUCCCAGGGAAUCCAGGGAUUGCAGCUCUCUGUGGGGAAUUUGCUAACUACUCUUACCACCCAUAUCAACCAUAUCAAUGAGUAUAUCCCUCUUCCCAGGGAAUCCAGGGAUUGCAGCUCUCUGUGGGGAAUUUGCUAACUACUCUUACCACCCAUAUCAACCAACAGCUCCUAGAAUUAUUUGGGCGGAAGCCAUGGCAGUUUAAAGUGGCAUAAUACUGCUUAAAUGUCUAGUGGCCAAACCCUCUAGUAUUACGUUGGCUGAGGGAGCUUGCAAUCCUAACCCACUUUCCUGAGAGUAAGCCCCACUGAAUUCUGUAGGAUGUUCUGCCCAUUAGACAUGAUUAGGAUUGCAUAGUAAGUGCAUCUUUCGAAGGGUUAGUCAGUGCUCCUCAAGUAGUUGCUGUCAGGAGUGUGUGCAGGAGCCAGGCCCUGUGACCAGUAGGACUUUGCAGGACUGGGGCCUUCCUAAGUUUGCUCUGAAGAGGCAAGGCGCAGCCGCACAGGUGAGGCCGAUUGGUAACUCACAGCACCUGGUGGCAAGAGCCGGGAAGGGGUAUAAGGUCAGCAUUUCCCUUUGGCUCUUUGUCACAGCAACACGUUUCCUGCCUUGUUGCGUUUGGCUCCUUGACUCCUUGCUUCUUAAUCCUUGGACCCCUGACUUCGCGACUCCUUGCUUCUUAAUCCUCAGACCCUUGACUUUGUGACUCCUUGCUUCCUGACCUUUGGCUUCUUGACUCCUGGCUCUCUGAUCCUCGGACUCUUGGCUUCUGGACUCUCAUUCCUGCUCCCACCCCGCCAUCUUGCCCCCGGUCCUGACGUCCUCAGCUGGGACUUCGAUCGCCCGUAAACCGGACUGUGACAGUUGCGGAAUAUCAAGAGUAAAAAAAAGUAAAGGUAAAGGACCUCUGGACAGUUAAGUCCAGUCAAAGGUGACUCUGGGGUUGCGGCGCUCAUCUCGCUUUCAGGCUGAGGGAGCCGGCAUUUGUCCACAGACAGCUUUCUAGGUCAUGUGACCAGCAUGACUAAACUGCUUCUGGCGCAACAGAACACCAUGAUGGAAACCGGAGCGCAUGGAAAUGCUGUUUACCUUCCGUCCGCAGCGGUACCUAAUUAUCUACUUGCACUAGUAUGCUUUUGAACAGCUAGGUUGGCAGGAGUUGAGACAGAGAAAUGGGAGCUCACCCCAUCAUGGGGAUUCAAACUGCCAACCUACUGAUCAGCAAGACCAAGAGGCUCAGUGGUUUAGACCACAGUGCCACCCGCGUCCCUUUAUAUCAUUAGUGACUUCCUUGCCAAUAAGAUAAGUUAAUUAGAAGAAGGAGAACGGUUGGGGUGGUGUUGUGAAGUCACCAAGGCACGAUGCUGUUUACAACUGCUGCUCCUUGCUUCCCGCCAAGCAAAAAUUAGCCUAGCUUGCUCCAAAACGAAGUCUCGCUCAAACUUUGAACAGCCCCAAGAGGGCUAGGAACUGCAGGAUCACAAAGUAGAACUCUGUUUAACUGGUUUUACCUCCAUCAUCGGAGUAUCUGUUGUUGGUGCCGGGGUAUGUGGAUUCCAGAUUCCCCUAAAUUCCUGGGUCUGAUAGGUGUUAGAAUUUAAUCAAUGGUUGGAGAGGUAAAAAGGCUGCCAGACACUGGAUUUAGCAAAGUGUUAAAAUACAGGCCAAACCAGCUUCUCAUGUUCUGGAAAUCGCCUGGGAGAUCAGCAAUUAAUCAAAGAUUAAGAGAAGGUAAUAGGUCAUUAGCAAAGCCAGAGAGUGGAGGCUAUCAAUGUGAGUGGCUCCUCCCUCAGCUCUGAGAUAGGUAGAUGGAUUUGCAGCUGGUUGACUGACCGAACCUAAAGAGUGCUCAUUUGUGGUUCUUCAUCAUUGUGGAGGAAAGUGACAAAUGGGGUGACAUGGGUCUGUUGUUGUUCAGUGUCUUUGUAAACGACUUGCAGGAAGGAACUGAAGUGAUGUUCAUCCAAUCUGCAGGCGACACCAAACUGGGAGAGGUAGCUAAUGCAGGAGGAGACAGAAUCAGGAUUCAAAAUGACCUUAACAGAUUGGAGAACUGGGCGCUAGCUAACUAAAUGAAUUUCAAUAGGGACAAAUCUAAGGUUCUGCACUUAGGCAGGACAAACCAGAUGCACAAAUAUAACAUCAGGGACACCUGGCUUACUAGUAUCAGAAAUAUUUUUUUUCCAGCUGGAACUCACCGAAACUCAGUUCUGGCACCCCUCAGAAAGGCACCAUUGCCAUUCUAAGAGAACAAGGGAGGUGUUCAUGGUGAGUUUUGGCAUCUCUUUUUUCUUUUUUCUAGAAAAAAAAGCACUGCUGGUAGUACAUAUGAAAAGAAUCUAGGGGUCAUGGUGGACCACAAGCUUAACAUGAGUCAACAGUGUGAUGCAGCAGCAAAAGAGGGCUAAUUGUAUUCUAGGUUGCAUCAACAGAAGUCUAGUGGCCAGAAGUAAUAAAGGUAAAGGGUAAUGGGACCCCUGACCAUUAGGUCCUGUCGUGGCCGACUCUGGGGUUGCGGCUCUCAUCUCGCUUUAUUGGCCGAGGGAGCCGGCAUACAGCUUCCGGGUCAUGUGGCCAGCAUGACUAAGCCGCUUCUGGCAAACCAGAGCAGCGCACAGAAAUGCCGUUUACCUUCCCGCCGGAGCGGUACCUAUUUAUCUACUUGCACUUUGACAUGCUUUCGAACUGCUAGGUUGGCAGGAGCAGGGACCGAGCAAGGGGUUCUCACCCCGUGGCGGGGAUUCGAACCGCCGACCUUCUGAUCAGCAAGUCCUAGACUCUGUGGUUUAACCCACAGCACCACCCGCGUCCUUUUUAAGGGAAGUAAUAGUAGCUCUCUAUUCUGCCUUAGCCAGACCACACUUGGAAUACUGUGUCCAAUUCUGGGCACCACAAUUUAGGAAGGAUAUUGAUAAACUGGAAAGUGUGCAGAGGAGGGCAACCUCAUAGGGUGAUAUCUGUCUAUGUCCUACUCAGCACUCAACAUCUGCUGCCUGGAGUAGCUGUCUCAGAUUACCCAACGAAAGGACCUUCUCUCUAUCUUUUGACAGCCUUCUUAAGACAGAGUCCUGAUCUUAUUGCAGGCUGCAGUAUUGUUUCAGCAAAGUUCAUGUUACAACUUGAUCCUGUGUGUAUUUACCUGGAAGUAAGCCCUACUGUGCCCAAUGGGGCUUACUCCCAAGUCAAUACAAGCGAGUUUGCAGCUUUAAUCCUCUUAACUAAGGGCUUUCCAAAGGACAUUGACUUUGGGCUCAGAACGCACACAAGAUACCAGACUUGUGGUGUGGCACCCAGACAGCAUUCUUCAAAGUGCUUGCAAUGUGGGGAUAUCCAAGCACUUGUAAUCCAAGCUUCUGUUUCUACUGCAAGGGCAUUAAAUUUCCCUAGCGUUAAUGCUGCAGUCAUUCUCCUCCUGGACUUGUGAGCAAACCGCGUUUAAAUAAAUGAGAUAUAUUCCGAGGAAGCAAGCAUGGGAUUGUGCAGUGCAUUGAGCAAAUGCACUGUUCCACUAACCAGCAUAUAUGUCAGGGCAGAUGUUGGAAGCAAGUCAGCCAUAACUCACAAGGUGCCAAUGAAGUUAACUUUGUGUUCAAAGAAACUAAACAGUUCAGGCCUAGCGAGCACAGCAACUCUUUCCAGCAGGUCUAACCCCAAUGAGGUAGUUGCAAGGACUGAAGGUCCCUGGCGUUCCAGAGCUCUCCAAGUCUCCUCCCACCCCCUGUACAUUUCCCAAGCAAUCUGAGACUCUGUCGCCUUGCCUGUCUUUGCUUCUCCCUCUUCAUACCUCUUUGGGUCUGGGCGACCAGGGAGGAGGGGAGCUAGUUGCAGCAGGAGGGGGAGACCUCUUGCCUUCUUGACCACCCUGAUUCAUCUUGGCCUCUUGGUCUCCCUCCUCUCCAGCCUCUGCUUCUGUCUCUGAUUCUGGACCGCUCUCUGCCACAGCCUCUUCCUGCUCACUAAACCCUGUUACCACUUCAUCUUCCAACACCAACACCUCCCUGUCUGCUCCCUCUCCUCCCUCUGACCAUGCAUGGUGUCCAACCACCACUCCCUGGGCUCCGAGCUGUUUUCCCAUGGGGGUUUCCCAACUGGUGCCUCCCACUCCUCCUCUGUCUCCAGCCAAUGCAUGACAGUAUAGUUGCAUCAGUGCCUGCAAGAUCCCAUCAUCUACAGACAAGAACUCAUUUCUGUGAGUGCCUGCUUAUUUUCCUACAUGAAUUGCUUCCCACAAAUGCCUUGAAGUGAUUGCACAAUUUAAAAAAGCCAACAGCAAGAACAGUUGCGCUAUUUCAUAUAGUAAAACAAUUGCGACAAUUACAAACACAUGUAAAGGUAAAGGUACCCCUGACCAUUAGGUCCAGUCACAGACAGUUCUGGGGUUGUAGCGCUCAUCUCGCUCUAUAGGCCGAGGGAGCCGGCAUUUGUCCACAGACAGCUUCCGGGUCAUGUGGCCAGCAUGACUAAGCCACUUCUGGCGAACCAGAGCAGCGCACAGAAACACCGUUUACCUUCCCGCCGGAGCGGUACCUAUUUAUCUACUUGCACUGUUGUGCUUUCGAACUGCUAGGUGGGCAGGAGCUGGAGCGGAACAAUAGGAGCUCACCCCAUUGCGGGGAUUUGAACCAUCAACCUUCCAAUCGGCAAGCCCUAGGCUCUGUGGUUUAGACCACAGCGCCACCCGCACCCCUCCCCAAAAUGUACACAUAAGUAAAGUUAUGUUGUAUUAUCACAUUUCUGUAUUGCAUUAGAUUUUAUAAGGUGUACACUCCUUGUUUCUUCAGCUUGGCUAUUGUAAGAUAGAAAGACGGUAUACAAAUUAAAAGCGAUGAUGAUUUUUGUGUGCGAAAACAAUGUCAAAUCCAAUGACAGGCAACAGGCUAGAAUAAAUAUCUCCACUUCAAAGUCUUCUUGAAAAAGGAAGAUCUUCACUGGACAUCAAAAAGACAACAGCGUCUUUUUGAUAUGCAUUUUUUGUUAUUGGUUUUAUUUAACACAAUGUAUGUACCACAUGAUUGUUGUAAAACCUCUAAGUGGUUUACAACUGAUAUUAAAAUUAUAAAUAAAAAUAGUAAAACAGCAUUUCAAAAUAAUUAACAAUAUGAGGUAGUAAUGAAACACAUUGCUAUCUCUUGCCCAAACAGAAAUGUUUUAAGCAGGUGCUGAAAAGAGCACAACAAGGACACCUGCUUAAUGUCAAUAGGCAGGGAAUUCCACUGUCCUAAAAGAUUGUUUUCACAGCCGUGAAUUAGGUGGUACUGUAUUAGUUCCACAGAUCAAAGCCGUAAGCUGAACAUUUUUGUGUGUGAAGGGUGUUAUAGAAAUAUGUUAAACAAACCAGCAAAGUAACUUUUAACUAAAGUGAGCCACGAAAGGCAGGGAACUAAGGCUAUGCACACAUUAGUGGCUUGAAAGACAGCGAGGUGAUCUCUCCUUCCAGUUUCUCAAACCUCUGUUCAUGCCAGAGAAGGGGCAAAGAUAACUUCGCCAGUUGCCCAUUAACUGAUUUCCCUCCAAUUCACUGAAGCUGUCAUCGGGGCAAGUCACCGGCUGCCUGAAAUGCAGGCAGCUCCGCCUGACCUCAGCUUCCGAGGGCGGAAGCUGAUUUGAGGGAAAGGGCAUCAGACAGGAGAGACAGGAUCCAGAUGGAUCAUGGCUCACGUCAUAGGUACUUUGGCUUCAAUCACCAGCUGUGGGAGCGCAAUGAAGCUGGAGCGAACAUUGAUGUGUGCGCACAAGCCAAGCAAAGAAAAGGGGUUGGGUGGGCAUUUGUUGACUUUUAAAGCGGGGGGAAAAAAUGCCGAUUGACUGAAUUGUAGGCCGUCUGAGAUAUUAUUUGUGGAUUUGCAAAAAAGGAAAAGGGGGGGGGGGGAGGUCCCUAGGUAAGAAGCAAUGCCAAAAGUUUGCCUUUUCCAUAUGCAGAAUCCGAAUAUGCAAGACUGAGUAAUAAUAGCAAUAAUAAUAAUUUUAUUAUUUGCACCCUGCCCACCUGACUGGGUUUCCCCAGCCACUCUGGAGUGUCAACAGAUGCCGAGAUGCUAACAUUUCCUGUACCUUGCCCUCAGCCACAACUAGGCCGGGCUGCUGGGAGGGAGGCAGACACUAUAUCCUAGUCAUAGUCUUACAACAGCUGGGCAAAGUCCUCAGGCAGUCUCAGGAAAUGGAGGUUCACCUUUUACACAGAGGCAGAGAAAGCUUAUGCCAUGUUUAAAACCUUCCAUGUACACUAUUUGUGCAUUAAAUACACACACACACACACACACACACACACACAACUGGUCCUCAAAACAGCUUAUAAUUAAAAGCCACACAAAGGUAAUUUAUAAUUACACUAGCAUUAUUAUCAUAAUUAAUAAUGUCAGAAACAUCUUUGUUCUGCCAAGCAUUUUUACAAAAUUCAUUUGACUCUGUGUUCAUCAUUUGUUUGGCAUUUCAUGAUUUUAUAAUCUUACGUUGUUUUUAAUUAUUUUAUUGUUCUCCUGGUCUUGUGGGCCACGUUCUUUGCUGUCCCUGACUUGUGGAAGGCAGAAACAGGAUUGAAGAGGACCUUAACAGAUUGGAGAACUAGGCGCAACCUAACAAAAUGAAUUUCAAUAGGGGAGAAAUGUCAGGUUCUGCACUUAGGCAGGAAGAACCAGUUGCACAAAUAUAGGAUGGGGGACACCUGGCUUACUAGCAGUACAUGUGAAAAAUCUAGGGGUCUUGGUGGACCACAAGCUUAACAUGAGUCCACAGUGUGAUGCAGCAACAAAAAAAGCUAACGCUAUUCUAGGCUGCAUCAACAGAAGUAUAGUGUUCAGAUCAAGGGAAGGAAUAGUAGCUCUCUAGGUAAAGGUAGAAGACAGAAGUGCCUGGCGUGCUCUGGUCCAUGGGGUCACAAAAAGUCGGACAUGACUAAACAACAACAAACAACAAGGUAAAGGUAAAGGUAAAGGUACCCCUGACCGUUAGGUCUAGUUGUGGCCGACUCUGGGGCUGCAGCGCUCAUCUCACUUUAUUGGCCGAGGGAGCUGGCAUUUGUCCGCAGACAGCUUCCGGGUCAUGUGGCCAACAUGAUUAAGCCGCUUCUGGUGAACCAGAGCAGCAAAUGGAAACACCGUUUACCUUCCCGCUGGAGUGGUACCUAUUUAUCUACUUGCACUUUGACGUGCUUUCGAACUGCUAGGUUGGCAGGAGCUGGGACUGAGCAAUGGGAGCUCACCCCGUUGAGGGGAUUCGAACCGCCGACCUUCUGAUUGGCAAGUCCUAGGCUCUGUGGUUUAGACCACAGCACCACCCACAUUCCUUUUUUGCUGUAAUUAGCUCUCUAUUUUGCCGUAACUAGACCACACUUGUAAUAAUGUUUCCAAUUCUGGGUGUCACAAGUUGGAAGGUGUGCAGAGGAGGGCAACCAAGAUGAUGAAGGGUCUAGAAACCAAGCGUUAUGAAGAACAGUUGAAGGAGCUGCGUAUGUUUAGGUUAGAAAAGAGGAGACUGAGAGGAGAUAUGAUAGCUAUCUUCAAAUUUCUGAAUGGCUGUCACAUGGAGGAGGGAACAAGCUUGUCUUCUCCUGCUCUGGAGGGUAGGACUCGAACCAAUGGCUUCAGAAUCUCCUUUCUUGGAAGGAGAUUCUAACUAAGCAUCAGGAAGAACUUUAUGACAGUAAGAGCUGUUGUGGAACAAACGCCUACCAGAGGUGGUGGACUCUCCUGCCUUGGAGGUUUUCAAGCUGAGGUUGGAUGGCCAUCUGCCAUGGAUGUUUUAGCUGAGUUCCCUGCAUGGCAGGGGGUUGGACUACAUGACCCUUGGGGGCACCUCCCAACUCUAAGAUUCCAUGAUUCAUUCUAGGACCUGGGAGACAAUUCCAUAAUUACAGUAUUGUUGUUGUUUAGUCGUGUCCCCAUGGACCAGAGAACACCAGGCACUCCUGUCUUCCACUGCCUCCCACAGUUUGGUCAGACUCAUGCUGGUAGCUUCGAGAACACUGUCCCACCAUCUCGUCCUCUGUCAUCCCCUUCUCCUUGUGCCCUCCAUCUUUCCCAACAACAGGGUCUUUCCCAGGGAGUCUUCUCUUCUCGUGAGGUGGCCAAAGUAUUGGAGCCUCAGCUUCAGGAUCUGUCCUUCCAGUGAGCACUCAGGGCUGAUAGGUCUCAUCUUCUUGCAGUGCACGGGACUCUCAAGAUGUUGGGCUUCAGACCAUAUUUUGCACUCUCCUCUUUCACCCUCAUUAAAAGGUUCUUUAAUUCCUCCUCACUUUCUGCCAUCAAGGUUGUGUCAUCUGCAUAUCUGAGGUUGUUGAUAUUUCUUCCGGCAACCUUAAUUCCGGCUAGGGAUUCAUCCAGCCCAGCCUUUCGCCUGGUGAAUUCUGCAUAUAAGUUCAAUAAGCAGGGAGACAAUAUACAGCCUUGUCGUACUCCUUUCCCAAUUUUGAGCCAAUCAGUUGUUCCAUAUCCAGUUCUAACUGUAGCUUACAGUAUAGGAAACAGCUAUUUACCUUUACCCACCCCCCCAAAAAAAAUAAAAACACUUUAAAUUCUAUUUGCUUUAUUUAUUUUUAAAUUUCCUUUAGCCCUGCUUUAAUCAAUCAAUCAAUCAAUCAAUCAAUCAAUCAAUCAUGUGGUGGGAGGGCCAGUUUCCAGCUGUGGGGGGGGAAGGGUAAGGAGCUAGCGAAGGGCUUCUGUCCUUCUGCGCAUGCGCGACAGGCGCGCCGCCGCCGCGCGCUCCCGAUCCCUCCCCUCCCUCCCAUCCUCGGCGGCUCCUUUCUCCUUCUCUCUCUUCCCUCGCGCCCACGUUCCAGCGGCUCCAACGGCCUCUCCGGCGGGAGGGGUGAGAGGGGGACGAGACCACUGCGCGUGCGCGCUCGCUCUGGGUGGCGGCGCCUCCUCGGGCGGCAGGCGGGACUUGGGCGCUGGAGCCGAGGGAGGGAGAGCGGAGAGGACCGGCGGACCGAGCAGCGGACUGACGCGACGCCGGGACGGAAUGACGGGUAGAGCAGCCCUGGCCGAGCGCCCCCUCCCCUCGACGCCCUCCCCGUCAGGACCGCGCCCCCACCCCACAUUUCUUCUCCCCCCUUCCCGCCCGUCGCCUCUCCCCCCCCUACCCCCACCCCCCCACUGAGGCGUUUCCCCAGCGCCUGAGGUAACCCCCGACCCCAAAGUCAGGGCCUCCCCCCACCCCACAUCCUCAGCCCCACAGCCUGCCCUCCCCCAACCCCACUUUCCUCGUGCAGCCAAAACACCACUAAUCUCCCUCUUUCUCGCCUCCCCCCCCCCCAGUUUCUAUGGCUUUGGGGGGGGGUGGAGGGCAGCCAAAGUCCUUUGGAGCAGGAGCCCCCCAUAAGCCCAAGCCCCCCCCAUUCCCUCCUCUCCUCCACCCCCAAGGGAUGGGCUCCUGACUUCUUCCCUGGACCCCCCCUUCCCAAACCUUCUUUUUUUAAAAAAAGUUCCUCAGUUUAUUUAAAUAGGUGCUUGUAUAUAUGCAUGAUGUAUGUAUGAAACCGCUCUUGACGCUCUUCCGAAUCUCUCUCCCCCCCCCCAGUGCAGCACCCCUGAUUUUGGACUCGUCUUCCUAAGCCAACAGCUGCCUCCUCCUGGCCGGAGCCCUUCAGGAUGUCCUCCUUGCGCCGCCUGGCCGACUGCCUGCAGGAUUCGGAGAAGGUCGCCGCUUUCCAGAGGCUGUGCGGCGUGCAAGCGCCCCCAGAGUGGGGGGCUGCCCCUUCUCCCCCCCGGCCCCUGGAGCCCGGGGCCCCUGUGGCCAACGGGAACUGCCCGGCCACCCAGCCGGAUGGGGCGAACGACGGGAGGUGCCGCUUCCAAGGCCCCUGCAAUGUGGGCGAGAAGGGUGACGUGUGGCACUCGAACGGGGUGCUCUCCGGGGGAGCCUGCGGCGGGGUGGAAGCCCAGAUGAAGCCCCCGAAGAAAGAGGAGAAGCCUGGGCUCGGGAUUCCCAAAAAGCAGCUUCGGCGCAACUCUCUGACUGGGGAAAUGAUAUGCCAGGAUUUCACCAUCCGCAGCCCCUUCCUCUAUUACCUGUUCAGCCUGGGCACGGAGCUGGGCAACGAGCUGUUCUACAUCCUCUUUUUCCCCUUCUGCAUCUGGAACCUGGAUGCUUGGCUGGGCAGGAGGCUCAUCAUCGUCUGGGUCUGGGUCAUGUACCUGGGCCAGUGUACCAAAGACCUUAUCCGUUGGCCCAGACCUGCAUCCCCACCCGUGGUCAAGCUGGAGGUUUUCUACAACUCCGAGUACAGCAUGCCCUCUACGCAUGCCAUGUCGGGCACUGCCAUCCCAGUGACAUUACUGUUGUUCAGCUAUGGACGGUGGCAGGUAAGCGAGCCCCCCCCCCCCCCGGUGUUUAAGGUGUUCAGUCAAGGUUGCUGUGUUAUCGGUGGAAAUACAAAAUAGUGCUCUUUUAAAAAAUCAUUUUAUUCAGUAAGAGUUAAAACAAAAGCAUUGCUUAAAAAAAAUAUCCAGUAGGUGUUUAGAUAGUUGGGAGGCUUGAUCUUUAUAUAGUACUUCCAGGAUUAGAACGCUGACAAACUUGGUAGGUUUUUUUUAAUGGGGACAGUAUGCCCUGCUGAGUUACAAACAGCAGGAUCUCUUGUUAAAGUUUCAUUUUGUUAACUGUGAGUUAUUGUAUCUUCUGGCACUACGCAUGCUUUUACUCUGUGGGAGUUAGGUUGGAAAUCAGGUGAUUUAUAUAGGCCACAGAAGGAUUUGAAAAUAGAAAUGCGUGUUUGAAGUCAUUUUCGAUUUCUUCAGUUAGCAAAGUAAAUAUACUUUCCACAAGGCCUAUCUGUAUUAGAAUCUUAUAGCCAUUUACAGACUUGCGUAGACUAAUAAAACACCCCAGUGUUCCUCCUACUUCCUCUAAAUAUCUCUAGUUUCGAGCUACAUUUCUAGACUGACAUGCGGUAACUUCUGAUUUUAAUUGUAGAUGAAGGCUGCAGCCCUUUGCAAAAUUACUUGGAAAUAAACUGCCUUGAAUUCCAGUUAAAUUCCUAGCUUAAAGAAGCCCUGAUUUGAAACUACAAAUGGAGAGUGCAAAUUUAACAAUGCUAUCCUAUUUUUUGGAUGUAAAUCUCGCAUCCAGUGGGGCUUCUAGGUGAGUGUGCAUGGGGUUGUAUCCUGCUUCCAAGUAAACCGCUACAUGAGUGCACUGCAAGUAGUUUGCAAACUUUGGCUAUGGUGUCACUCCAGUCACCACUAACCAGUCACAUGAAACAGCUAGUGGCCCUGGAUGAGAAAAUUCACAUAUGUAUCUGUGUCAAAAGAUUGAUUUUGGCAGUUCACUGGUGCAUGGAUAAGCAUCUGUUGCAGGUAUGAUUGUGUUUCCGGAUGCAUACAUGCUUUUGCAUCAGCUGAUUUCCUUUAGGUUUUGAAGCUUUUGAGUUUCUGCCUCCUUCAGAAUACAGUGGUACCUCGGGUUAAGAACUUAAUUUGUUCUGGAGGUCCGUUCUUAACCUAAAAUUGUUCUUAACCUGAAGCACCACUUUAGCUAAUGGGGCCUCCCGCUGCUGCUGCGCCGCUGCUGCGUGAUUUCUGUUCUCAUCCUGAAGCAAAGUUCUUAAUAUGAGGUACUAUUUCUAGGUUAGUGGAGUCUGUAACCUGAAGCGUCUGUAACCCGAGGUACCUCUGUGCACUACAAAAUUUGCGCUUCAUUUUUAUGUUGCCUUUCAUGCUAUGGAUCCAUAAAGUAACUGUAAAUUAUUGGUAACCAUCUGCUGGAGUUGGCCAAGCUGGGAUUUACCAGCUGGAGAACAUCUUGGAAUAGAGAUUAUGCCAUUUUCUUGCUACUAAUUGUGUCACAUUUCUGGACAAAGUUCUUCUUUUCAGCCAUCACGAUGUUCCUUAAGCCCUUUGCACUCAUGUUAGUUAAUUUUCCCAAGGUUUUCUAUCUGGUGUAUUCUGGUACUGUUAAAAUAUAUAUAUAUUUCCUUAAAUAUAUAUAUAUGCUUCCUUAAAAAAAACCCCUAGCACCCCUAUCUGUGCUGGUCAUAUCCUGUUGUUAUCUAAGACAAUAAGAAGCUCAGUGAGUGAUGACUGAAAACAUGCAAACCUAUUGUGAAGACCUGUUCUGUGGAGGCUAUUUCUUUCACAGAUGUGCAACUCCUAUAAUAUUGGUUAGUGUAAAAAACCCUCAAACCUUGCCCCUUCUUCCACCUGUGUUGCCCACUAGUUGUAUACUAUUUUGAGUAACUGGGUUUUCUACCCAGCUAUAGUAGGGUUAUCUUGCACAGUACGCGUGAAAACAGUCUGAGAAAUGUCCAGAAUAAGGAAGGAUCCGGAUUAUGGCAAUUGGAAUAGAAGAUACUGUGCUUUGAUGCCACAUAAUGCAUUUUAAAUUUUAAAUUUAUUUAGUUACUUGGUUGUUUACAUUUAUAUAGCAUUCUUUCCAUCAUGAAACCCAAGGUGACACACACAUUGUUCCCAGGAGGUCUCCCAUCUGGCAAAUAUGGACCAGCAAAACUACCGUAUUUUUCGCACCAUAGGACGCACCGGACAAUAGGACGCACUUUGUUUUAGAGGGGGGAGAACAAGAAAAAAAAUUCUCCCCCUCUCUGCCCAGCGCCCCUUCAGCGAAUUGGCUGGAGGCGCUGUGCUGAGUGGGGGAGAACUUUCCCCCUCUUGUUUUCCCGCCCUAAAACAAGGUGCCGUUUAAGGCGCGUUCCGGCGGCUACCUGAAGCCUGGAGAGCGAGAGGGGUCAGGGCCCCCCGACCCCUCUCGCUCUCCAGGCUUCAGGUUCUUCGACCUGCUCUUUGGGGCUGGCGGGGAAGCCCACCACCAGCCCCAAAGAGCAGGUCAGGGAGCAGCGGAAAGGCGCAGCGGAGAGGCUCCUGCCAUAGCCGUGCGUCACCUCUCCAGCCGGGAGAGGGUCGCGGGGCUAUGGCUUUAGCCCGCGGCGUCUCCCGGCUGGAGAGGUGACGUGCGCCUAUGGCGGAGCCUCUAUAGCCGCACAUCACCUCUCCAGCCGGGAGAGGGUUGCAAGGGGCUUCUUUUGCGGCUAUAGAGGCUCCUGUCAUAGCCGCGCAUCACCUCUCCAGCCGGGAGAGGGUCGCGGGGGGCUGCUUUAGCCCCGCGUGCUCUCUCCCGGCUGGAGAGGUGACGCGCGGCUAUAGAGGCUCCUGCCAUAGCCGCGCGUUACCUCUCCAGCCGGGAGAGCGCGCGCGGGGCUAAAGCAGCCCCCCGCGACCCUCUCCCGGCUGGAGAGGUGACGCGUGGCUAUAGAGGCUCCUGCCAUAGCCGCGCGUCACCUCUCCAGCCGGGAGAGGGUCGCGGGGCUAUGGCGUCUUCGCUCCAUAGGACGCACACACAUUUUCCCUUCAUUUUUGAAGGGGAAAAAGUGCGUCCUAUAGAGCGAAAAAUACGGUAAAAUGUAUGUUCCGUUAAAGUGAAUAAAGGAUUUGGGUUGUUACGCUUCCCUAAACCGGACUGUCUGUUAAUUUUGUCUAAUCUUCCGGGGAAAUGCUCUUAAAGGGAAGGUUCUUUGAUAGAAUGUGAAAGGCUUUAGUUUUGGAUUAUAUGGUUAAUAGUUAAUGAAAUCCUGACUAGUGUUUCCAUUGCCCAUGAGUACUUCAUGAGGAUUUCAAGCUGUGCAAGGAAAGGAGUGCAUGUGAGACAUGAAGCUGAUGUGAGCAAGCUUUAGAGAGGUGAUUAUGUUUACAUUUAUAAAGUACUAACAAUAUUCUAAGCACCAUGCAGAUAUUAAAAGACUAUAUAGUAUCUACUGCAAGCUCACUAUUGAAUAGGCACAAUAGAAGAGGAAAGCAAGCAGGUGCUCUUUUUCUGGCCAGUGGAUGGGGCCAGAUUGGUUUCUCCCUUCUGAAUAUGUUCUUUCUGAGAGCAGGGGGUGCAGCUCCUCAGUGGCCUACUGUUUACAUAUAAUAUAAUAUUAAUUCCCUCUAUUUUCAAAGUCCAGGUGUAAGUGCUGUUGCUUGCAUACCCAAAUUGGUGCCGCUCAUGCACAAGAUGAAGAUUAUCAACAUACUUUGGGGGACCUCAAGGUUUACAGAAAUACAAAACACUGCAAGAUUUUAUUGGCAGUGAUCCUUGACCCUACAAGUUACUAAUUUUUCAUUUCUGUGCUGGGCAAUUUAAUAGAUGCUGUAGAUUGUCUUAAGCACAGUAAAAGGAAGUCAGGUCAUGAUUGGCACUUGUGCUGUUGAAAGCUGUCCAAUUUGUUGUUUUAUUUAUUAUAGCAAUUUAUAUCUCACCUUCCCUGCAGGGAGAUCAAAGUGAGGUAUAAGUUUUUCUCCCUCCCCAUACCAUCCUCAUAACAACCAUGUUGUUAUGGUUGGACAGGUAGGUUGGUCUGAGAAAUGGUGACUGGCCAGCUGUGCUUCAUGGGUGACUAGGGGUUUGAACCUGUGUCUCCCAUGUGCCAGUUCAACAUGUUAAACACCACACACUGCACUGCCACUAUGAAUAAAAUGAUCUGGUAUUGGGCUACUCCAAUAAUUUUAAGGGGAUGCGUACUUCUUAACCCUUUUUCCCCAUUUACGUGUUUGAGGAUUCCAGACAAUUGAGCUCAAUACUUUUGAAAAUGGCAUAAAAGAUAUAGAAAAUUCUGCUCCAAAAUAGUUGAUUUUAAAUGCAACAUUUUGAGAGUUUAUUGGUGACUACUUAAGUAGAAAGUGAUAUCUUCCAUUAUUUAUCUGAUCCUAUUCUAAAUCCUGCCAACCUAGCAGUUCAAAAGCAUGUCAAAGUGCAAGUAGAUAAAUAGGUACUGCUCUGUCGGGAAGGUAAACGGCGUUUCCGUGCGCUGCUCUGGUUCGCCAGAAGCGGCUUAGUCAUGCUGGCCACAUGACCCGGAAGCUGUACGCCGGCUCCCUCGGCCAAUAAAGCGAGAUGAGCGCAGCAACCCCAGAGUUGGUCACGACUGGACCUAAUGGUCAGGGGUCCCUUUAUCUUUACCUAUUCUAAAUUAGAUAGAACUAUAGAGGAAGUUUGUAGUCCCAUGCAAUGAUUUGCCCGGCUCUAAUGCCAAUCUAGAGUAUAUUCCCAGCUAGUCAGAUUGGGUUUUCUCAUUACAUGUUGUUUUGCUCUAUAACUCGGGUGUCAACUGUGCUCAUGUCUGCAAUAUGAACAGUUGGCAGAAAAAAGUUGAAAGCACUUGGAUUUAAUUCUUGAUUUUUUAUUUUUUAAAAAAGUCUGACCCUGGGUCAUAAACAUUUGAGAUGAAGUGUUUCCUUAGGAAUACUUCUGAAACUAUUGUUCUGUUAUUAAAAGCUGUUGGCAGUGGCUCAGCCUAGAAAAAGAGAAACUCUUCAGGGAAGCUUUUCUUCCGUGCCUCCAAUCAGGAUUACAAGAGGAUGCAAUACAAAACACACAAGGAAUUUCCUAACUACGAAUGGUCUAAUGGGCAACAUGUUUGUUAAAAGGGAGGGGGUGGGGAGAAAUACCACUCCAAUCACUGGCUUGAUGAAGAAACUUACAAUUAGACUCUUUUCCACUUGAGCUCUCUUAGUCAAGAUUUUUGUGAAUGCUGCCAAGUUGCAGCUUCCUGUUAAAAUGUUUUAAAAUGUUGAUCUCAAACAUAAUUGAAUAAAAAAGCAAAUGCCGAUAAUCUUUUAAGUAACUGAGACUGCAAUCCUAAGCACACUUUACUGGUGGUGAGCCUCAAAUGAACAUAGUGGGACAUACUUCUGAGUGCCUGUGUAAGAUUGUGCUGUAAAAUAAGUUUCAACUUUUUCUGAUUCUGAUCUGCAGGGCUUCUCACUAGUCUCACUCCAUGUGCACAUGGGGAUUACACCACAACUGUUCUUUCACCACAGAAGUCAUGCACUUGCAUACAUUAGUAUGCACAUUAUAUGCAAAAAAACCCCAUAAAGUUUGCCUGAGAGUCAGUCAGUGUGGUGUAGAUUGCCUGAGAUGAGAGCCAGUGUGGUGUAGUGGUUAAGAGUGGUAGUCUCGUAAUCUGGGGAACCGGGUUCGCGUCUCCGCUCCUCCACAUGCAGCUGCUGGGUGACCUUGAGCCAGUCACACUUCCCUGAAGUCUCUCAGCCCCACUCACCUCACAGAGUGUUUGUUGUGGGGGAGGAGGGGAAAGGAGAAUGUUAGCUGCUUUGAGAGUCCUUAAAGGGAGUGAAAGGCGGGAUAUCAAAUCCAAACUCUUCUUCUUCUUCUGCCUACAAAACAGGUUUCUAUUAAUUUAUUUUAUUAUUGUAUUUUGAGGUAUUUAUAUACCAGGUAUCAUAGAGUCAUACAAUUGGAAGGGACCCAAGGGUAAUCUAGUCCAACCCCCUGCAAUGCAGGAAUCUCAGCUAAAGCCACUCAUUUAUACUCUGAGAGUGGCCUACAAAGUUUCCAAACUGGCUGUGAAAGACACAUGUAGGUGGAACAGCUGCUGGCUGUGGGAUAACAACCAGAUUAGAAAUGACUCCUUGAUGAGAUUUUUCAGUGAUGACACUCCCUGUAGUGUGGAUGAUACUUUUUCAUAUUUUAGGAGAGUUUUAAAAGGAUUUCCAGGAUUCCAUCACUAAUUUAAUGGAUAUGUUUGUGUGCAUCUUUCUUUUUCUUCUAUAUUCAUAACUGCAGUGGUUUCUACUUAAAGACAGAAUACGGUAGUUACAGCAACUUGUUUCUGAGAAUACAACAGUUUUGGAUUCACUACAAGCCCUGUCAGUGGAAGCACUUUGCAAGCACUUCCGCUUCCCCCAUGCUCCCUAAAGGUGGCUUGGUGGUGGUGGGGAAUUUCAGGAGAACCUCCAGAGCAUUGUGUGGGUGGAGCAGGGUUCGAAAUUAGCUGGGCGCCAGGCGCAUUUUGUGCCUAAAGAUUCUCCAUUUGUCGGCACCUCAAAAGACUGGGUGCCAUUUUUUGUGCCUGGCUGACACUCAAGGAUUACUGAAAUGUAUGUGCUUUGAAGCCUCAACAUAUAUGUUAAGGAUAGACAAUAUGUUAAGGAGUUUAACAAUAAAGAGCAGAGUGUUUUGAAAACCAAUAUUUUUAUUGGUACCAAUAUUUUUAUUGUCAACACCAAAUUAAACAUGUAUUAACAAUUUCUGCUAAAAAUGUGAUAUUAACAAUGUGUCACUUACAUGAAUUGCUUAUCAAAAUCCAUGCUUAUCAAAAUAAUAAAUAAAAAGUGUUGCGGGGUGUGUGUGUGACUAGACGUUCUGUUUUGGUGCCUACAACCCAGGUCCCAGGAGCCAUUUGGCUCCUAGCUUUCUAUCCCAGCAUCUAACACUGGUAGAAUAUGAAAGGUUCGCAAUAGUACAAGAUUCUUGCUCUCACUGACAGUCUGGGAAACAGUUGUUAAAAACAUGCAGAAACAGGAAGUGAAGUCUGUCAAGGUGUGAGAAUGUUAGUGUUGGAAAUUAAAGUUUUUUCCAAUUCUUCUAAGUUAUCGCAGUUAACAGACAGGCUGUUUUGAAUGUAUGUUGGCUAUGUGUACUGCUUUAUGCAUAUUGCUAGGAGAGAGGUUCUACCAGUCUAUUGUGGCGGUGUCAGGUGAAUCCUAUGAGACUGCCAUACUUUCACUCUAAUUUAUUUGAAUAGCUAUUUGCUGUCGUUAGUGGUAAAAUAAAAGAGUUGACAGGUGUAUUACCUGAGGGCUUUCAAUGAUCCAAGGUGCCACAUGGCUGGCUGGAUCAGGUGAUAAGGGCUAGACUAGAGGCAGUGAAGUAUCUGGAAACAAGGGUGGCUAGUUCAAAAAUUCAAAAUAAAAAUGUUUCAUCAAAUAUCACAGGAAGUAAUCUUUUGCACCUUUGAAGCCAAUGAAUUCAUAUGCAGGGUAUAAAGAGUUGCUUUUUUUGUUUUGUUUAGAAUAUUGUACUCUUCCAAAGAUGAGGAUGAGAAUUCGACAUUUGUCCUGUUCAAAGACACUGUUUUUCCUGUGAAAAAAUACAUUUUUGUGGAUGGGGGAAAGGGUUCUGUACACAAAACUAGCUUACAAAAGAGCCAAAGCACACAUGAACAUCACUAUGUGUACUGCACUAGGUAGUUGAGAUGUCACUACCCUUUUUAUAUAAUUCAUACUUUUUCUGGCUGCAACAUUAUGAAACAAAGCCACAGUAUGUCCAAAACAGAAAAAAUAGCCCCCUGAAUUUAAUACUAAUAAAGAUCCAUACUACUGUACAGACCAAAAUGCAAAUACUAGCUGCAUUACACAGACUCACUUUUAGAUCGGUGGAGGCCAACAUUUUUAGUAAGUGUGCCAGAAAUGAAAUCUAAAGUAAGCAGUAGCGAAGUUUGGCUGCACACUAGAAGUGCAUAUCUCAAGGCUGGAAUGAUUUUGUGUCCAAUCUACUGAACCAGUGAGCAGUAGCAGUACAAUUUUGGGUGAGGCAGGUAGGAAUGUGGAGUUGACUUUAUUCCAGAGCCAAGUCCCUGCUCUUUUCCAGGAGUGGCAGGACACCUCUUGCUGCUUAUGAUAACCAUACUACAAACAGUCUACUACUGUUAUGUCAGGAGGUUCUAGCUUCCUAGUCCCAUUGCGAGGGCAUUCUUGUGCAGAGAAUGGGCAGGAAGGCAGUGCUGAGCCACCUCAUCAUUCCUUCCCUGCAAAUGUCUUCCCUAUAAAUUUUGACCUGUAUUUUUACUGCAGCCUGGGACUAGAAAUAGGCUCCGGUUUAGGAAACAUGGCAGGGGGACAAUAAGAGCAGAUGAUUCCUUUCCACACCAGCCACUUCUCCCUUGCAGGUGCCCUGCAGAUUCACUUCACCUCAGCAGACAUUGGCUGGGGAGCCUGUACAGCUGAAGUAACAUCUAAUUCUUUCCUUGGAUAUGCCUUGUUCUCCUCAUGAAAUUUCAGCUUCCAGGGCUCCCUGGUUUAAACAAUGACAUGAAAACCAUGUGAACAUUGCAAUAAACUGUCAGAACUGCAGUUUCUUUUUCAAAUUCAUCUUUAGAGAAAUGGCUUCUGUAGAAACUGAAGCUGUGGGGAACUGGCAAAUACUGUUUAUGUGAUAGAGGAAAUUAAAUGAUGAAUGAAAUGAAACCAAGGCUUGGAAACAUGCCACACGUCCUGUGACAGCUUCCCUUUUGAGGCUUUGCAGUGCACCGUAGCAAACAUUAUUCAGAGUUAGAAGGCUGUUGUAUGCAUCCAGUCUUGUACAGUGCAGCAUCUACAAUAUUGUGACUGACAAAAGCAUUUGUGGCUCUUUGUGGGAUAUAAUGUAAUAGAGUUUGAGGACAUGCAAAAUAUAUAUUCUUUUUAAGUUUGGCUCGGGGCCCCUUGUUUUACAACACUUGAUAAUAGACAUCAGUGAAAACUGUUCCCUAAAUAGCUUGGAAGAAUUCGGUAUUUUUGUUCUUCCUCUGUACUAUAGACAUCAACUUGGCUAAAUAGCAUGGCUGGAUAAAAUCAUAAAGAUCGGAUAUUAUUGCAGCAAAGGUUUGAUAUUAUUGCAGCAAAAACAAAUCACAGGGCAGCAGAUGUUCCAGGAGUUGUCCUGUCUACAGUUUACUUAUAUUUACUUAUUUUUGAAAACCUCCUUGUUGGUCCAUAGCAUUUGCUGCUAUCCUAUUUGCAAGCCCCAUGCAACACAGCAGGCCAUUUCCAAGUAUAGGAUCAGGCUGUUGUAGUUUUUCUCCCUGCAACAUGUGUAAUUAGGGUGUAAGACGUCUAAGAAAACUUAGGGUAACAUUCACAGAAUCAAAGAAUUGUAGAACUGGAAAUGACCCCAAGGGCCAUCUAGUCCAGCCUCCUGCAUUGCAGGAAUCUCAACUAGAUCACACAUGACAGAUGGCCAUCCAACCUCUGCUUAAACACCUCCAAGGAAGGAGAGUCCACAACCUUUCAAGGGAGUCCAUUCCACUGCCAAACAGCUCUUACUGUCAGAAAGUUCUUCCUGAUGUUCAGUCGGAAUCUUCUUUCUUGUAACUUGAAUCCAUUGCCCUUUUCUAUAUGAAAACCUUUUAGGUUCAGUCUCUGCUAGCUCUGGUUCCUGUGCUUUUCAUUAGCCAUUGUUUACAGUUCAGUAUUGCAUGGGCAGUGUCUGUCUCCCCCACUCAAGUGAGAUAAGGUGGUCAUAAUUUCAUUAGCCUAGUGGAUAGUGUGCCUUAGUCGUCUGAUAAUCCAGCUUCAGAAAACCUUGUUAACAGGGAAUAGGAAAACAGAUAAGGUAGGCAAGAAGAAUAAAUGUUUACAGGACUUUGUCUUAGUGUUCCCUUGGCUAUUUUUUUCUUGGAAUGCAAUCUUUGUUUAAAGAAGCAAAUAUUAAAAAAAAAAAAGUUUGCUGAUAUAUAAUGCAUAUGGGGAAGAGGUUAGUGUUAACUGCUGUAAUAAAGCUCAUGAUAAAAACUUUAUAGGUCCAAUUUAGAUAUAAUUCUUCUUCAUUAACAAGCCAUAGUUUUGUGAUUGGGGGAGCUCUGUGGAUUUGACUUUUAUCUCAGGUUUUGCAUUUCUGCUCCCCUCUUUUUGCAGUAGCAUUUACUAAUGUGCUGUGGUGUUACCCUGUUGUAAACAGCUGCUAAACAUACUAAACUAUUAAAUUAGCUUUUAAUCCUGGUUUUAACCUCUUGCAAACAUAAAAGUACGGCAUAGUUCAUCUUGAUCAAGAAUGGGAAGGUGAAUAUAUGGGGCAAGGUAGAUGAAAAUCAGUGAUUUUUUUUUAAAAAAAUGACUUUGAGUUUUAAAUUGGCUCUAUUAUUUAAAGGGAUUUUUAAAAUUAAAAGUUGUAAAUGCUAAACAUAUCCUAAUGAUAAUUAAUAUUAAAUGUGGAUCUAAGUGUGUUAGUCCUACUGUGUACAUCUAAAGUGAUUGAUGCCUCUACCAGAGACAUUGGGCAGGUUCACACAACACUCUAAACCAAACCUUGGUUUACUGUGUGUGCACAAGUGAACAUGGGAAGGAGCUUCCAGGUGCAGGUGCUUUGCUACUCCCUGGAAUGAGGUUUGACUUGGCAUGUGGUCCUAGUUGGGACUCACGAUGACUCUCUUCUCACUAAUCAUGAGCUGUGGGCAAGAACAAGCAAUCCACUAGGUGCAUCAGUAUGAGAGGGCUGUGAUCAGUGGAUCCCAUCCCCCAAUGAAGGGUAAAGGGUUUUGUAGGAAAUCUCCUCUUAGGUGACCUGGGAAAGUUGGUAAAACAUAGCACCCUUUGAACUGCAGCUGAUUUCCAAACCACAGCUUGCAGCAUGUAAGCUGAGUCACGUACUGCUGCUAUUUGGACUUUACCCAAAGACAGAGGUAGUAAUUGAAACUGUUGCCAAGUAACACUUAAUUUGUUUCAUAUAUUUUCCCCACCACCUGAUUUCUGGGUAGUAAAUUUGAAAAAUGUAUACACGCUACUUGUUUUCAUUUCAAAAUAGCCAGUUACAGUACUGCCAUCCUAAAAGCCAUUCCUCACUGCGUUCUAUAUUGAACAGAGAAGCAAGUAUGCGUUUGUUUUAUAUCCAGUUAACAUCUACAAAGCUGUGUGUAAAGGAAAGAGCGUUUUCUCUUUAGCUGGUGUCUUAUAGAGAAGACAUUCCAAAGUUUAUCGUGUGAUAUGCAUGCCCACCAUAAGUUUGUUACAGGUGUGCUGAUUGGGGGCCAGUAUUGGAUGGCAAGCCCAAUUUGCCUGCUUAAUGGGUAAAAGGGCUCUGGAUUAUGCCAGUAAUAUAAAUACUUGAGGCAAGUUGGAGCUCUCUUUUUGUGCUUACUUUGCAGUGAGCAAUGCUGAAAAGUUUGAUUAAUUUUAUUUCUGCUGAGUGUAUAUUCACAGCAGUUUCCAAAAUUUCAUUCAUACUGGGCAUGUUAGUUAUCUUGUCAAAAAAUGUAUAAUAUUUAGUUGUUUCUGGCAAUGUUAAAUAUUCUUGAAAAGAGUGACUCUAAGUAGAGGCUAAAUCUAAAUGAGUAUCUUGCACUCAUUUUUUGUGGAAGAUUGAUGCAAACAAAUCCAAAAGAUUCUAGGAGGUGUCUACAGUAUAGAGUAUGUAAUUAAAAUCACUCUUGCUGCUCGUGAUGAUGCAACUUUGGGCUAUAGCUACACCAUUCAUUUUUAUAGAAAUGCAUCCCUCCUGCAAACUGUCGCUAGUAUAAUCUAAUAGAUGCCAUGGGAGUAAUGUUGAAGUUCAUAGUAAAACUGGAUUAUCAGUACUAACUUGUAAAUAAUUUGCUAUGCUGUGCUAUUGAAUUUUAUUACAUAUGUGAUAAAAGUAAAAAUAAAAAGUUGAUUAACGUGUUUGACCUCUUCCUAAUCUUUUAUAUUACCUUUAAUUUUGAUUGCUUUAUGCUUUCGUGAGUAGGAUAAACACAAACCAACACUGCGUUCUGUUCACCCAUUACCAUCUGUAAAUAAUUUCUGCUUGAAAGGUCACAGGAAAUCUCGAAGAAGGAUUCGUUAUGUUCCUUUCCUUAAGACAUAGCUUUGCCAAUUUAGCUGAAAGAAUACAAUUUGUUAUCCACAACCGUUUUAUUCUCUGCCAGGAGUAGCAAAAACAUGUGCACUUAGAUAUUUUGUUGUGGAUAUUAUAGGAAGCAGGUGAAAAUUCUUACUUUACUUCUGCUUGUAUUUUUUAAAAAUGACUUACUUUUGUAUCCUAGGGUUUUGUUUUAUUCAUGCACCUGCACUGAUAAGCAAGUCACAGCUUCAUGCUGUGUUAGGGGAUUUGGACUUUGAUUGUUUUCCACAUCAGAGCCAGACAUUGCUUCAUAAUCUAGCCCAGUGGAAAUAAAAUGCUGCUACUAGAAAUACAGCCUUUUUUUUUGAGAUGCCCAAAUCAUGUAACUUUACCUUUCCGGUACCUAAUUUGGCUGGUGCCCUCACUUAGCUUUUAGGUAUCUGAGGAAGUCUGUCCUGCUUUUUCAUGCUGCAGUGCCUUUUAAAUACUGUAUUUUUUGCUCUAUAAGACUCACUUUUCCCCUCCUAAAAAGUAAGGGGAAAUUUGUGUGCGUCUUAUGGAGCGAAUGCAGGCUGCUCAUCUAUCACAGAAGCCAGAACAGCAAGAGGGAUUGCUGCUUUCACUGCGCAGCGAUCCCUCUUGCUGUUCUGGCUUCUGAGAUUCAGAAUUUCCUCCUCCAAAAACUAGGUGCGUCUUGUGGUCUGGUGCGUCUUAUAGAGCGAAAAAUACGGUAAAUGUGGCCCUUUUCAAAGUGCCAUUUGCCAUUUACACAAUGACUGGAAUUUCUAGCUCAUAUAUGUGUGGUAUUCUUGUAUUUUACUGUUCUUAAUGUAAUUUGCAUUGAAGCUAUUCCUUCGGUAAGCAGGCUUUACAUAUUUUAAAUAAAUAUUCCAUUAAAAUGACUUUAUGAUAAUGGUCUUUUAAAUACCUAAUUGUAUUUUUAUGGAUAUGAAUGUGGAUAUGUUUUUAGUUUAUUGCUGGUUUUAAUUUUCUGAAAUUUUAAAAUGGACUUAACUAAUAAUGUUAUUGUUUCGUUCUUUUUUGUAAACUGCUUUAAGGCUUUUUUUGUUUUGUUUUUUUACAAUCAAGCAAUAUAUUUUAUGAAAUUACGCAAGUAAAUAAAUAACACUCCAAUGUCAUCUCCCUUUUCGUCUCCUCAGUAUCCUUUGGCAUAUGGGCUGGUUCUUGCCAUCUGCUGGUGUUCUUUGGUUUGUUUUAGCCGAAUAUAUAUGGGGAUGCAUUCAAUUCUGGUAAGAUAAAGUUAUGUCAUUCAUACACACACACACACACACACACUUUAAUACAAGUGGUGUUUUAGGUUUUAUCCUUCUGAUGUGUUAUUUUUAGAAUGUAUACACUUCCUUACUUCCUUUCAUUUCAGUAAGAGUGCACAUACUUUGAGCUGAGAUGUGGGCCUCAUUUGCAGUUCCAAGUGAUCAAAUUUGACUUCUGUUUCUUGGAAGACCUAAUUAAAUUUCCAAGUAUCAUUGAAAUAAUAUUAUUGAAACAAAGCAUGUCAAACGUCCUGCUUAAAACAGGGAUCAGCCACUGAAGGAACUUGAAUAGGUCUAACUCCUGAAAGCAUGCGAAGAGCCCGGUAUAUAAUGGGGGCAAGGGCAUUCAGAUUUGCCAGCAGGGCUGCUUUAAGGACUAUGAGUCCUUGACCUGCUAUUCCUGCUUGUUUAGAGUGUUGCUCCAGCAACACUAGCAGUUGACAUGGGCUUUAGUCAGUGAUCAUGUUGAGACAUAAUGCUAAAUCAUGAAUGGAGGUUAUGUGAAUGAGCUUGCCCAAGCCUCGGGCUCAUGUACAGUACUCACUUCUUCUUUACUUGCAUCUGCAACAGAAAAUAAACAUAUGCAUUUUUCAGCCAUCUUUCUGAAGAGCCAAAAAAGGCUGUAUGGGGGGGCAGGCGUGUUGAGUGGAAGCACCAUGUUUUAGACAAUACACUUUUAAAGUACAACUUCCUUCUGGCACAGCAAAACAAUCCCUUUCAAGUUAGGCCAGGCUACUUCUGUUGCAAUUCUUAGAUAAAAAGAGGAAAGAUUCCCAAACCAUGAACGUUGUUUAAGCUUGCAUUUCUGUGUAUGAGCAGCACAUCUUGUCCAUACAUCUCCUUCCCCUCUUUGAUCUGCCAUCCACACAGUCUGAGUACUUGGCAGCUGUUCACUAGGGUUCUGCAUUUCUUCUGCCACUUCCCUGUUCUCCAUUUGAUAUCUGGGGCUCUUGCUGGUUUCCUUCCUCAAACAAAUAAACAAAUAAAACCCACCCACACCUGGUACAACUACUUGCAACAGAAUUGAGCAAAAAUUUGUAUUCUGAUAAUGUAAGCAUGAGAAAGUGAGGACAUUGAAAAGGUUUAUCUAAAAACCUAAUAAACCAGAUUUGGGAUUCUGCAUUCUAACUAGAGAAUCCUCCUGCUUUGUAUUACUUCGUGGGGACCCUUUUUCAGCAUAAGGGCAACCUUUCAAGGGCCAGAGACGAAAGUGAGUAGAGCAACUAAUGUUAAUUUUACCUCUGUACAGUAGGCUGGCUUGCACACUAGCUCACAUAGAAUCAUAGAAUUGCAGAGUUGAAAGGGACCACGAGGGUCAUCUAUUCCAACCUCCUGCAACGUAGGGCUCUUUUGCCCUGCGUGGGCCUCGAACCCACAACCUUGAGAUUAAGAGUCGCAUACUCUACCAACUUUAGCUAUCCCAGCUGCAUACUCCUCCCUGUCUUUUCAACCAGACACACGAGAGGCAUUAUCAAAGUACAAGGAUACAUUCCAGCCAGGCAAAAAUACUGGAAGCAAGGUCGGGGAGGAGUGUGACCUGGGGAGAAUUCAGAAGACUAAGUAGAUAGGACUGGAGGGCCACAUUUGGCUCCUGGGCUAGAGGUUGCCAUUCCUAAUUUAUAUAGGCAAUACCUUUUCAGAGACGUGAAAAUGCUGUUGUCCACCUGUUGCACAACUGGCAUGCUGGCCAGUCUCUUCUAUUUCUGUAUCUGGAUGUAUCUGCUAGCACCGAAAGUUUUCUCUCCAGAAAAGCAGCCAGCAGUUCUGUGCUAGAGGUGCAUUUAGGAUGAACAGCAUCACUGCAAACUUGGGUGGUGAUUGUGGCAUUACUAAAGCAUUGCCCCCCCUUUCUUUCUUGUACCCAUGUUGCUUUGCUGUACUAAGACAGUCUGGGGGGAGGGAAGUUUGAAAAGCACCUGUCCUAUGAAACCACCAUAUUGUUAAAAUAGUAUUAAUCUGUUCUCUCUCUCCCCCCCCCUUUUACAACAGGAUGUUAUCGCUGGAUUCUUUUACGCUCUUCUCAUCUUAGCUGUCUUCCUUCCACUUGUGGACCUAGUUGACAGCUUCAACUUAACCUGCACGUACGCGCCCCUAAUUAUCAUCAGUCUCCAUCUUGCCUUGGGGAUUUUCUCCUUCACUCUUGACACUUGGAGCACCUCGCGAGGAGACACUGCUCAGAUCCUGGGCUGCGGUGCCGGCGUUGCGUGCGGCUCUCAUGUUAUCUACAUGCUGAACAUGACACCGGAUCCUUCGCCAGAGAUGCUUCCCUUACUGCCUCCCUCCCUCACCGUGACUCUCUUUGGAAAAGGCAUGCUGCGGUUGCUGAUUGGAGUGGUGAUUCUGUUGCUCACAAAGUGGGGCAUGAAGAAGGUCACCAUCCCACUGGCCUGUAAAAUCUUCCGCAUCCCUUGUGACGAUAUUCGGCAGGCGCGGCAACGCAUGGAGGUGGAGCUGCCUUAUCGCUACUGCACCUAUGGAAUGGUGGGGUUUGCGCUGACUUUCUUGAUUCCCUGCCUGUUUCACGUAAUGGGUCUGUCCUGAUGCUGGUGUUUUUUCCUUGGCAUGGGAAGGGAGGCGAACAGCGGACAUUGUGAGAGAAGGUCACCGUUUGAGAAACACAGAGAUGCGCUAUCGCGCUGCCUCUGCUGAAAUAGUACGGGGCAAGCAAAGAGAGCUCCAGUCUUCGAUCCUAGAGUUAAGAGACCUAGAAACUUCAGGUCCCUGAGAAAUGCCAUGUCUAGUCUUACUGUUGUAACAAAAUGUAAACUCUGUGUAUGUGUAUGCAUAUAUACUGUCGAUGCCUCAAACUUAUAAACGUACCUCUCUCUUUAUUUGGACAUGUAUAAAACUGGUUAUGUUUCUAGUUGAUCCAAAAGUUUGAUUUGUGGUCAGUUCAAGCCAUUUCAUACUAAGUUAUUUGUUUCUUCGGACCACAAACUGCUCUGGUGGAAAAGCUUGUUACCUCAGCACUUCCAAAUGUUUUGCGUAGGAAGGAAGCUGUUCUAAUGGACCAAAAUUUUAAUGAGAGAACCUGGUAUUUAAGAGUCUUUUCCAUAUUCUAAAACAUCGUUAAUUUGUCAAUACAAACCAGUUACAUUCAGGUACUGUAGCCUUUUUUCUUUUUUUCUUUUUGCUUGAUAAUUGUGCCUUUCUGUUGCUAAAUUAAAAAGCACCAUAUACUGUGAUGUAUAUAAAAAAGCCCACAACUAUUUUAAAUUUUUACUGAAUUAGGCAGAUAUUUUAAAAUGUAACUAGCCACAUAACUAAUGAAAAUAAAGAUUUAUCUUCUGUAUUAAAAGUUUGAAAACCAAUUGAGCUGAAAUUUACAUUGGUGUUCGCUAGCUGUGAACCUGAUGCUUACUUGCUUUUUAUAGGUAUUUUUAAAGUGCCGUGUAUGCUGUUGGAAGAACAUAUAUUUUUCUGCUGUCUUAAUUUAUAAUAUAGUUAUGCUAUAUCCAAAAGAGAGAGAGAGUGCUGAAAAUUACAAAUUCGAACCAUGUGUAUGUUAGCGCCAAACAAUUAAUUCCACAUCAUUUUCUUCAGACUCAUUUCAGAUUGAUCAGUUUUCUUAAUGCUGGCUUUGGAAGAAACCUGUCCCAAACUUGCAUAUUAUCAGUUAACUCUUGUUUUCCAAAAGUAUUAGAUAGCUGCAAUACAGUGUCAAGAGUGAUCACUUAAAUGUGGCAGACUCUUCUGUGGAAGUUGGGUGCUUUGUUAUGGACGUUCUGUCUAAAGUUGCGUUGCCCAAUAGAGUUGGCACACGGAGUAGAACUAUGGCAGGCUAUUCUUCUGGCAACUUAUUGGCAGCCACGCCUUCUGAUGUGGCUUGCUCUCUCAAGGUUCUCUGGAGACAAGCCUGAUAUGCGAUGCUUGGAGCUGCACGGAGGAAGAUUGGGGAGAAGAGCGUGUUUGCUGUCUCACAGACUAAGUUGGAUUUGCGUGAGCUAAUAACUCAUGAACACUGAAGCACUUUUAACUUGUUUAUAGUGUGUACAUUUAAUAUAUGGGGGAAGAAGUGUGAUGACAGCAAGCCCUGCCUCAACCUAUCUGUGCAGUUCUUAGACACGUACAAACUAUGCAUUAAUAAAAUUACAGUAGCAGACCUCGACAACAAUGCACUUAUCUCUUGGUGACAUCCCUUUGCUGUUCAUAGAAGAAGUCGGAGCACUGAAUUAUUUCCCUGUGACAUUAAUUUCAUUUUGGCGCUGUGAUUUUUUUAAAAAUUAAACUUGGCUUACGCAGUCCACACCUGUUAAACAACAAUAGGUCAUUUCCAUCUUGACUACAAUAUGUGUUCUAACUUCCAGUUAACACAAAAAAAUGCAGAUAGCUGUGCUGGUCCAUUAGAAAACACCAUCAUACAGUAAUACUUUUCUUUGGGACCGGACCAAAAUGUUUCACAAUAUUGUGAGCACGGUUUUGUGCUCUCCAAAACUCUUUCUCAGUCUGGAUGUUACACAAAUCCAGGAUGGGAGAAAAAGUUUGGGCAUGAGAUUGCCUAAAGACUGCAGCUUAUAACAUUCUUAAGAUGGAACACGGGCUGAGUUAUGUAGCAGACAUGAUUUAGCCUCACUGGGUGGCAGAUGGAUUGCAGGAAUUCUCCAGGCUCCUGGGACAUGGAAGCAAUCGUGGCAAUUCCCCACUUUUUAGAAAAUCGAUAACUCUGUUCUGAACCUUAAUUUCAGACAAAGCAUAGAUGUUUUGCAGUCUUCCUGAAAUGUCUAUACAGAACUUUUAGCUUGAGAGAAGGAAAGCAUUAACUGUCUUUUGCUCUGAUUCCUUUGCAGACGAGAAUUUGAAACAGGAUCCUUUAUUAUGAAUGCAAAUUCUGUUUUAUGAAAGACACUGUCUUUCUCUAUAGUAGCUGCUGUAAUUACUGGAUUGUAUUCUGAUAUGCCCAUUUGGAGAUUGCUCCAAAUGUACGUUACGACGAGGACCUGUUACAAAUGGCCAAAAUACUGAUCUGGAUUCAAAGAAGUUAUUCAAGCAGUUUCAUGAGCCUGAGAAGUUAUAAUUUGAUGGAUGAUCCAUCAGCCGUUUGACGUGAAUUGGGGCCAGAUGCUCAGUGCUCAAAUUUCCAUAGGACUAAUGCAAGCUCUUUGCGUAAACCUAAGCAGCUCUUUGAAUCCUGACCACUGAUUGUUUGUAAACCACUAAUUUAUCAUUUUAAAUAGCUGCUGUUGGGGAAUAUUGACUUGGUACUGCUGCACUUUUAAAAUCAUUUGCUGCAUUCCUUUCCACACAGUGGGACUUCUGAGUAAAUCUGCAUAGAAUUGCACUCUUCAUAUAGUUAUUUGCUGAAUGUGCGUUGGAAGAGAACAUUCAGUAAUUGUACAAUCCUCUGCUUCACUUGACAGUUCCCAGCAAUCAGCUGAGCAACAGAUAAGCAUUUGCUUGCAUCCUUGAAUACUGCAUUUAACCUUCAAUGAAAGCACAGCAGUGAGGGAAAAUAAUGUUUAGAGACAUCUUUUUUUGUUACAGUCGCAUUGAUUUUUCUCCAAUAAAUAAUGUUAAUGUAAGUACAGUAGUUGAAAGGGCUAAACAGGGAAGGACUGUUGCAAGUAAGAUGCUUGCAAUCGGGAGGGUUAAUUUUUCAUGCUGUUUUAACAAUUUAAUGCAGAAAGAAAUGGUUUUGCAGAAAGAGCUCAUUUAAUUGUGCAUAAACUAGUGUGCAAAUCAUGUUCUCCAAAGUUUAAAAAGCAUGCACUGUAGUAUAUUCUACUGUUACUCUGUAUAUUUUUUUACACUGCCUGUAGUAGUUCUCUUGAAAUGAAAUCUCGCGUCCAAAUUUUAAAUUUAGUCUGUAUUAUUUUUCUGUUUAAGUUGGACUUGAAAGCACUAAACACAGAUCACGAAUCCAUCUAUAUGAUUUCAAAAUAAAAUGAAGUUCCAGAAUCUGAUUUUUUUUAACUGCCUGGCUGCGUCCCAGUUUCAGUGGAGAGUGUAACACAAAGGCACUCAGCUAAGCUUUCUAAUGAAAAAAUAUCAUCUGAUCUGCAACCCAGUUCUGUGGUUAUUACUAUUCCCCCCUCCCCAAAGUUUCAUAAAAAAAUUUCCCUUUGAAAGCUUCUGUUGAACAAUACAUAAAUGAAUAAGGUUAAUAGCUUUUAUAAUAAAUAUUGGCAGUAAUAAAACAUAACAACAUUCAGCUUUAAAAAGGUGGCAGGACAGUUCACACGUUACUUUGUCAGCUUAAAACAUCAAGAGUGUGUGCCGGCCAAGCGCCCUGGAGAGAUUUUCUUU